AUGCAGUGCAGAGGUGGGGGAGGGGGUGGGGGUGUGGGGCAUGAAUUGGCAGCUGAGCAGAGCAGUGGUGGGGGCGCUGGAUGUGGUGGAAGUGGUGGCUCACGGGUGCAGAGGUUUCGCGUGAACCCAUCGAUGACAGCGUUGCCGGCGUUGCACUCAUUGGUGGUGCGGGCCUUCAAUCUGAACGGCGACUUUGCGUUGAGUUAUCUGCGGAGAGACUCAUACGAGUGGUGCGCCAUCGGGUCGGACAGGGAUCUCGAGGACGCCUAUGGGCACAGUUCGCAGCCCUCGCUGCAGAUACGCCUUCAGGUGGACGACCACACGGACCACAAGAGUCACUCACUGGCCGAUUGGGACAUCAUCACCAACUCGGAUGUGGUGCGCAGCCAAUGCACGUCCAUCGCUGUGUCGCUCAUAAACCAGGUCGAGAAACUGAUGACCAGAGCGUCGGACAGCGCUAAACCGAAACCGACGGCCGACUCGGCGGCCAUUCCUCUCAACGACAAUGAGUUUCGGAAGUGUUUGGACGCCGAGGGCCGCGUCAAGUGUGGCCGCGAGUUGCGGAUCGGUGUCUACCGGCGCGGCGUUGAGCCCAGCCUACGGAAAGUCGUGUGGAAGCAUCUGCUGAAUGUCUAUCCGCACGGACUGACUGCCCAACAGAGGAUUGAUUUCAUGAAACUGAAGUGCGAAACCUAUUGCCAAAUGCGGAACUUAUGGCAAUCCAACCAAACGGAUCCCACUGUCGAGCAAACGCUGCAUACGGUCAGGAAAGACGUGUUGCGAACGGAUCGCUACCAUCACUACUACUCCGGCGACAGCGACGACGACGACAACGAGAACGUGACCGCUCUUCUCAAUGUACUCACCACUUAUGCGCUCAACCAUAAGGACAGGUAUUGUCAAGGGAUGAGCGAUUUGGCGUCUCCUCUGCUGUACGCCAUGAAAGAUGAAUCGCACGCCUAUAUCUGUUUCUGCGCACUGAUGGCCAGAUUGUGCGAUAACUUCAACUCCAACGGCGAAGUCAUGUCUCGAAAGUUUGCACAUUUGUCACAACUUCUGCAGUACUACGACCCGGAGUUCUACGCAUACCUGUGCGGCCAGGAGUGUCAUGAACUGCUCUUCUGU